GUAAUGAUGAUAAUCAUGAGAAUUAAUUAAUUCAUCUCCUAAGACUUAACAUCCAAGAUCUUGUCCUUGAAUCUUAUGUCAACGACAGAUUCUUUAAUAAUUCUUCCAAGCUCGCCUCCAUCAACGAAGAUUCAAGGAAACUACCCAAGUCCAUAUAAAGGAAAUUAAAAAAGUGAAACAGGGAGAUAGAGGAAUUCAGGACAAACCCUAUGAUUAGUGAUGAUGAUAAGAGAAAUAAACCAAAGAAAAAAUGAAAUCAACGGGAAAAAAUACAGUAUAAUUUUGAAAAUGAGGGGCAAAAGAAAGGGAGAAUAGAAGAGAGAGAAGGAAUAGACUAGUAAACAAGAUCUAUAAGUGCCGCAAAAGACCGACUUUCUCGGUCUCCCUCUCUGCUUGGCUUUUCUUUUAUGUUUCGCUCCACCUUUUUAGCUGUCUCCACGACGCUACUGCUCUUCUUUACUCCUCACGACAGCAGAACAACAACAACCCAUUAAAGCAAAGAACAGACCGAACCAACCCAAAAACUUAAAGCAGAAGUCUUUCGCCGUUUUUUCAAGCUUUGAAGAAGAAGAAGAAGAAAGAUAUGGGUAUUCUACAUGACGACGUUGUGAUCAUAAAGCAAUCAGAGAAAGAAGGAGAGCCAAGUGUUAUCACUAUUAACUGCCCCGAUAAAACUGGUUUAGGCUGUGAUUUAUGCCGCAUCUUGCUCUAUUUUGGUCUUAGCAUUGUUAGAGGAGAUUUAUCUACAGAUGGGAAAUGGUGUUACAUAGUGUUUUGGGUUGUUUGUAAGCCAACAACAAGAUGGUAUUCUUCGAGAUGGGAAUUGUUGAAGAAAAGACUAAUUGGGGCUUGCCCUUCAUGCUCUUCAGCUUCUGGGAUUUCUUAUUACCGUUCUGAAUUGCAGCCUUCAAAGCCCCCUGAUGUGUUUCUCCUCAAGCUUUCUUGUUAUGAUAGAAAAGGCCUUUUACAUGAUGUGACAGAAGUUUUGUGUAGUCUGGAACUAAAUAUAAAGAAAGUGAAGGUAUCGACAACUCCGGAUGGAACAGUGAUGGACCUAUUCUUUGUUACAGAUACCAGGGAACUAUUACAUACAACAAAGAGGCAGGAGGAGACUUAUAAAGCGUUGGAAGAUGUUAUGCAGGAUGCUAUGAUUAGCUGUAAUAUUGAAAAGGUUGGACCUGAAAUUACUGCAUGUUCUCAGGCAUCUCCAUUUCUCCCAUCUGCAAUAACAGAAGAUAUUUUCCACUUAGAGAUGUCCAAUGAACUCCCAAGUGUAUCACUCACUUCCAACAAUGUUUCUGUCAUAAUGGACAACUCACUCAGUCCUGCUCACACGCUUGUUCAGAUCGUUUGCCAAGAUCAUAAAGGUCUUCUGUAUGACAUAAUGAGAACUCUGAAGGAUUACAACAUUCAGAUUUCAUAUGGACGCAUCUAUAUAAAACAAGGAAGAAAGUGUGAGAUUGACUUGUUUAUAAUGCAAGCUGAUGGGAAGAAGAUAGUUGAUCCUAGCAAGCAAAGUGCAUUGUCCUCGCGUCUGCAGAUGGAACUGCUCCAACCACUCAGAGUCACUGUAGUGAGCCGGGGUCCUGAUACGGAGCUUCUGGUUGCAAAUCCUGUAGAGUUAUCAAGCAAGGGCCGGCCUCUUGUUUUUUUUGACAUUACCCUCGCUCUAAAGAUGCUUAACAUUUGCAUCUUCUCGGCCGAGAUUGCGAGACACAUGAUUGGAGAUCGAGAGUGGGAAGUUUACAGAGUUCUACUAGAUGAAGGGGCUAGCUUAUCUCUUCCAAGAAGACAGGUUGAGGAAGGAGUAUGGAAGCUGUUGAUGGGUUGGGAAUAACUAUGAUCACAACAUUGUUCCUCCCGGAUGGCCAUGGCCCCUGUACAGUAUACUUUGCCCUGCCACACUGUGCAGUUGAUGUAAAUUAUAGAUCAUAUGUCACUAAAAUUGCAUAUCUGACAUUUCCAGCUUCUUAGGCUAACCUUGUGAUCUAGGGACCCGUUGGUAGCAAGGAGACAAAGGAAUGCUAGAGCUCAUAUGGCAAUGUAUACUUGAAAGUUGUAUCAAUGAGGUGGAUAUCAUGCAUAACUCGUCAUGUAAGUAUCUUUGAUGGUGGACCCUUUGGUGGGUCGGUUGGGUUAUAUGGAAUCAAUCCGACCAAAAUUUCUAAAUCAAUUUUAUUCCCCUGUACAUAGAAAUGCAGAACAUAUUGAAAAGAACAGCAGUUCCUAGUUUUUGCAUAAGAUUGUGUCAAAAAUAGUAUUCUUGCCAAUCUUUUGUCCACAAAAUUGAUUAGCUUCCCCUGCAUAUUAAUGGUCAAAACUCUGUGUCAUAUGAUUGCUACUUUGCUUGAAUGUGUGAACAUGUUUUUUCGCAUUGAGAAAUCUCACCAUCAACAAUUAUCUAAUGUACAAGACUACUAGCAACUGAGCCUGGAAUUUGCUUCACAGCCGAAGGGUCUUCUUCUUGUGAUUGACAGAGGAUCCAAUUUGCAGGGGAGCUUCCACAUUCUUCCAAGCAAGGUAGGGGAAAAUUUGUCCUGGAAUUGGCUUGUUGAAGUUGUCUAUGCUAAAUAAAAGUAUGAUCUAAUGGUAACUUUAUAUAGUCCAAUUGAAUUGGUUCCAUCAGUUUUGUCCACUUUCUCUUAAUGCUGAGAACUGAGAUGCCAAAAACCCAAGUUAUAAUCAAAGGAUAUUUCAUACAAAAACAUGUUUCUCGGGGACUUCUUUUCACUUGCCUUGCAACUUAUCAACAAAUCAUGGAUGUCUCUUUAAGAGCCACAGAAAUAUAAUGUCACAUCGGAAACAGCUAUGGUUUGAUCUUCAACAUGUCUAUGUCGAUGACUUUCAUAUCGUGAAGAUUGUCAUACUGCAUCUGAAGAUAUUUGCACCAAUGGUGCCCCAGAUUCCAACUUUAAAAUUUUCAGCAAAUAUUAACCAACUAAGAAGCCUUUAUUAGCAGGUUGAAUCAUUUGUCAUUGAUUUUCUGCAUCAAGCCCAACCCAAUAUUAGAAUAUGGAGUUGUUCAAUCUAAGAAACCUUUAUAACUUUUCAGUGACCUAAGUGUUAUUGGCGAUCAAAUGAAU